AUGGCCCCAUUUAAUAUUACUUUAUUUCAUCCCUAUUCUUUCUACCUAAUGGGUGUACCUGGCCUAGAAAAUGUACACGUAUGGAUUGGCUUCCCUUUCUGUGCUGUGUACCUGACUGCUGUCAUUGGAAAUAUCUGCAUACUCUUCGUGAUUCAGACUGAGAGUAGCCUCCAUCAGCCCAUGUUCUACUUCUUAGCCAUUCUGUCAUCUAUUGAUCUGGGACUAUCGACAUCCACCAUCCCCAAGAUGCUUGGCAUCUUCUGGUUCAACCUAAGAGAAAUAGUAUUUGAAGGCUGCCUCAUUCAGAUGUUUUUCAUCCACCUGUACACUGGCAUGGAAUCAGCUGUCCUUGUGGCCAUGGCUUAUGAUCGCUACGUGGCCAUCUGCAACCCUCUCCGCUACACAUUGGUGCUUACAAACAAGGUAGUAUCAAUCUUAGCUUUGAUCAUCCUCCUGAGGCCCUUGGCCAUUGCAGUUCCCUUUGUAGUGCUCAUCCUUAGGUUGCCAUUCUGUGGACACCAAAUUAUCCCUCAUACUUACUGUGAGCACAUGGGCAUUGCCCGCCUGUCCUGUGCCAGCAUCAAGAUCAACAUCAUCUAUGGUUUAUGUGCCGUUUCUGUCUUGGUGUUUGACAUCAUAGCCAUUGUCAUAUCCUAUGUCCAGAUCCUUCUUGCUGUUUUUCGAUUGCCUUCCCAGGAUGCCCGGCUCAAAGCACUCAGCACCUGUGGUUCUCAUGUGUGUGUCAUGCUGGCUUUUUACACACCUGCAUUUUUUUCGUUUAUGACCCAUAGGUUUGGCAAAAAUAUACCACGUUACAUACAUAUCCUUCUUGCCAAUUUUUAUGUGGUCAUUCCGCCUGCUCUCAACCCUGUAAUUUAUGGUGUUAGAACUAAACAGAUUAGAGAACGGGUAUUGAAAAUAUUUUCAAAGAAAUGA